AAAGGAAAAAAGACAAAAGGACUUUGGAGUUUUGAAGAGUGCUUCUCAACAAACCCCUUCUGCCUCAACUUUCCCACCAACCCCCCUCCUGCAUAUUCUUUAUGGGCGAAGGCAAUAAAGGGUGGCGCUUUGCCUUCCCAUUUGCUGACGAACCCACCAACUGCACUAGCGAGCUCGAGCUGAACCCACCACCAACCUCCUCCCAUGGCUGCUAGUGCUGGUGCUCCCUCUGGCAUUGGCUGUUCACAGUUUCGCGCUCAUCCCAAGCAGCAACGUCUUGGGUUUAGCCAUUCGAGUUGGGGCGGCGCCUCCAAGCUUGUUUCCUUCCCUUCCGGUUUCUCUCUCAGAUCUGUAGAUAAUAGUAAGGAAUUACAGUUGCCCAGAAUAACCGCAGUGGUGAAAGCACAAGCUGGUCCAGGACAAAUGGACGUUGACCCCACUCUGAGUCCAAGGGUGAAUUCUGUGAAGCCUUCGAAAACGGUUGCUAUAACUGACCAGGCGACUGCUCUUUUAAGAGCUGGUGUACCUGUUAUCGCAUUAGCAGCUGGAGAACCUGAUUUUGAUACACCUUCUGUCAUAGCUGAGGCUGGAAUUAAUGCUAUUCGGGAAGGUUAUACAAGAUAUACACCAAAUACAGGCACAUUGGAACUCCGCACAGCAAUCUGUCACAAGCUAAAAGAGGAGAAUGGGAUCUCAUACACGCCAGAUCAGAUUGUUGUUAGUAAUGGUGCCAAACAGAGCAUUCAUCAGGCAGUUCUGGCUGUUUGUUCUCCAGGAGAUGAGGUUAUAAUUCCAGCUCCCUUUUGGGUGAGUUACCCUGAAAUAGCAAGGCUUGCUGAUGCCACACCUGUUAUUGUUCCAACAAGUAUCUCUGACGAUUUCUUGAUGGACCCUAAGCUUCUUGAAGACUCGCUUACUGAGAAAUCCAGGCUUCUCAUUCUUUGUUCUCCGUCAAAUCCAACAGGGUCCGUGUACCCCAAAAAAUUGCUUGAAGAGAUCGCUAAGAUCGUCGCAAAGCAUCCCAGGCUUCUGGUACUGUCCGAUGAAAUAUAUGAACACAUUAUGUAUGCCCCAGCUACGCAUACAAGUUUUGCAUCUUUGCCAGGAAUGUGGGAGAGGACAUUCACCGUGAACGGGUUUUCUAAGGCCUUCGCAAUGACUGGCUGGAGGCUUGGUUAUAUCGCUGGUCCGAAACACUUCAUUUCAGCUUGUGCAAAGAUUCAGAGCCAGUUCACUUCAGGUGCCAGUAGCAUAUCUCAAAAGGCCGGACUUGCCGCUUUGUCAAUGGGAUAUGCUGGAGGCGAAACUGUCGCGACUAUGGUAAAAGCUUUUAGGGAACGGCGAGAUUUCUUGGUUAAAAACUUUGGGGAACUGGAGGGUGUGAAGAUUUCAGAACCUCAGGGAGCCUUCUAUCUUUUCAUCGACUUCAGCUGUUACUAUGGAGCUAAAAUUGAAGGCUUCGGAGAAAUCGACAGCUCGGAGUCACUUUGCCGAUACCUUCUUGACCGGGCCAAGGUUGCGUUGGUCCCGGGGGGUGCAUUUGGGGAUGACACUUGCACCCGCAUCUCUUAUGCCGCUUCCCUUGCGACUCUACAAGAGGCUUUCGCCAGGAUUAAGGAAGCACUUGUCGCGCUGAGACCCGCUGUCCCGGUUUGAUGAUCACAGAGUUGCCGCAGCAUUCGGGACACCUUACCCGAAUUAGCUGCCGCUGUUGUAUUCCUGUCAUGAUCAUUCGAUCAAAUAGACUCCGUUGUCGUGAUUUAAUCGUUGUCAGUCUCCCUUGUUUUCUUAAUCAUAAUUAGUGACGAUAAGAGGAAUGAUUAGAUGCAGAUUUAAGAUGUGCGUAUAAUCGCAUUUCAUUCCAAAAGAAAAUGUCAAUGUACAUUGUUAUUUCCAAUUUAUCAUUCAUAAGUGUGACAUUUUACUGUUGAA